AAGCUACAACCAUACCAUAAAAUGAAAUACAGAGAUGUUGUGCAGCCUCUAUUCUUACACUUCCCUGAUAAGGAGCACUACAAUGAUGCUGGUCCUGACCGCUGCAGAACCUGUGCUGUGGUGGGCAACUCAGACAACCUGAUCGGAUCCCAUUAUGGUCACCUAAUAGAUUCUCAUGACUUCAUUAUCAGGAUGAAUCACGGUCCCACUAUAGGCUAUGAGAGGGAUGUUAGUUUGAAGACCAUGCGCCAAGCCAUGUACCCUGAGAGUGCUAUGCACUUGGACAACUCCACCCAUCUGGUGCUGCUGCCAUUUAAAGUUUUGGACAUGGAGUGGCUCAUUAGUAUCUUCACCACGAAACACAUUACAUGCACAUAUACAAAGGUUAAAUGUACAAUACAAGCAAACAAAGACAAGCUUAUGAUUAUCUGGCCUGGGGUUACUUUGAAACUCACACUCAUCUUGGCCCUGCAUAUUUGUGACCAGGUGAAUGUUUUUGGAUUUGGGGCAAGGACUGAUGGAAUAUGGUACCAUUACUAUGAUAAAGCAUAUCGUCAAAGUAUGAACUCAACCGCACACAGAGGGGGUGCUGAAUACAACUUCAUGCUGGAACUUUAA